UUGUUUCUUUUUUUUUUUUCCUUUCAACUCCUGCGCUUUUUUUCUUUGAUUUUUGGGUAAAUUUUUCAUUUUUGAGUGGCUGCUGCUGCGUCAUUUUAUUAUUCUUUUUCCGCUCUUCGUACGCGUCGGUUGACCAAGUGAAUUUUUUGUUUCUCUCUCUCAUUAGACCGUUUGUUUACCGAGAUCAUACACUUGACGUCUCAUGGAUAUAGCUGUUCUUCUUACCAACUCCCUCUCGCCCGAUCGCAACUUGCGUGAGGAUGCCACCCAGAAAUUGGAAUUACUGGCACAAGAGAAUUACGCAAACUACGCGCUUUUAUUAUGUCAACAACUUGCCAAUGAACAGGCUGGCGACGAGAUUCGCAUGUCUGCCGGUCUCGCUUUGAAGAAUAGUUUGACAGCCAAGGAAUAUGCUCGUAAGGCUGAACAAAUGCAACGAUGGCUUGCUUUGGAUGCCAACGUUCGAGGUCAAAUCAAACAAGGAGUAUUGAUCUCAUUGGCUACCCCAAGAAAACCCGUCGGCAAUAUUGCGAGUCAGGUCGUCGCUGCCAUUGCGGAAAUUGAGUUGCCUGCAGGACAAUGGCCGGACUUGAUCAAUGUGAUGUUGGAAAAAAUCAGCGCAACCGAUAAUCCCAAUUUGCAACAAUCAACCCUCCAAGCUCUUGGUUACGUCUGUGAAGUCACGGAGCCCGAAGUUUUGACCGGUCAAUCUCAUCAAAUUUUAAUGUCGGUCAUCCAAGGUGCUCAGCCUAAAAAUACUCCUGAAGUCAGAUUGGCUGCCAUCAAAGCAUUAUACAACUCCUUGGAAUUUGUCAAAGACAACUUUGAGCGCGAGGGUGAAAGAAACUAUAUCAUGCAAAUGGUCUGUGAAGCUACCCAAAGCGAUAACACCGAAACCCAAGCUGCCGCCUUUGAAUGUUUGGCUAGAAUUAUGCAGCUGUAUUACGACAAGAUGCGUUAUUACAUGGAGAAAGCGUUGUACGGUAUCACUGUUGCCGGUAUGAACCACCCGGAACAAAAUGUGGCUUUGCAAGCCAUCGAAUUCUGGUCGACCGUGUGUGAUGAAGAAAUGGAAUUGAAGCGAGAAUUGGAAGAGGCAUCAUUGACUGGCGAACCUGCGGAACAUGCAUAUCACCAGUUUGCUGAAGCUGCCUUACCCGAGAUUCUUCCCGUGCUGCUGUGGCUUCUUACCAAGCAAGAAGAAGACGAGGAUGAGGAUGAGUGGAAUACUUCCAUGGCGGCGGCUACUUGCUUGUCCUUAUUGGCUCAGUGCGUUGGUAACAUUAUCAUUCCCCCGAUUGUUCCGUUUGUCGAAACCAAUAUUCAGAACAAUGAUUGGCGAUACCGUGAAGCGGCGGUUAUGGCUUUCGGUUCCAUCUUGGAUGGUCCUGAACCCCACGUUGUCACACCUCUUGUUGAUCAGGCUUUACCUACGCUCAUCAACAUGAUGAAAGACCCGAUUGUUAAUGUCAAAGAUACGGUCGCUUGGACCUUGGGUCGUGUCUCCGAGUUAUUGAUUCAUUGUAUCAAACCUGAUGUCCACCUCCACGACAUGGUUUCCGCUCUUGUCCUUGGUCUUCAAGAUAAUCCGCGUAUUGUCGGUAAUUGCUGCUGGACCUUGAUGAACUUGGCUGAACAAUGGGGUUCAACUCUUGGUUCCGAGACUGUCAGCUGCCCUCUCUCCAUCUACUAUGAAGGCAUCAUCACCGCCUUGAUGCAAUUCACUGAACGAUCCGACAAUGAAGCCAACAGUCGAACCUCUGCCUACGAAGCCAUCGCUACAUUGAUGAUGUUCGCUGCUGACGAUUGUUUGCCUAUUGUGCAAAAUGUUGUGAUCAUGAUGUUGGAUCGUUUGGAAGCCAGUGUGACAAUGGAGAAUCAAAUUGUCGGUACGGACGAACGAAUGGAUCAUGCGGAAUUGCAAUCCAGCUUAUUGGGUGUUCUUACUAACUGCAUCCGUCGCGUGUCCCGAGAAAUUGCCGGUGUGUCUGACCGUAUCAUGACGGUCAUUCUUCAGCUUUUGAACAGCGGCAACAAGCAAUCGACUAUUACCGAAGAUGCGUUCUUGGCUGUCGGUGCGCUGACUGCUUCGCUCGAAGCCGAUUUUAACCGUUAUGUGGAACCAUUCAUGCCUAUUCUCUAUCAAGCCUUACAAAACCCCGCAGAAUAUCAACUGUGCCUUAUUGCUGUUGGCAUCAUCGGCGACAUCUGCCGUGCUUUAGGCAAAGGCGCUACUGUUUACUGCAACAAUGUCAUGCAACUGUUGGUGGCUAAUUUGCAGAGUCCGGUAUUGCACCGCACGGUGAAGCCUUCCAUCUUGUCCUGCUUUGGCGAUAUCGCGCUUGCCAUUGGUGAUGACUUUGAACCUUAUUUGGAAGUGGUCAUGUUGGUGCUUCAACAAGCUGGCAGCAUGCGAGCAGACACCGAUAACUACGAUAUGAUCGAUUAUGUUAAUACAUUGCAUGAAGGCAAUGUGGAAGCCUAUGUCGGUAUUGUCCAAGGAUUCAACGGCAGCGCAAAGAUCUCUUUACUGUUGCAAUAUAUCCCGUAUAUUUUCAGCUUCCUGAAAUCCAUUGCCAUCGAUCCUCAUCGCUCGGACAGUUUGACUCGGGCUGUUGUUGGUCUACUAGGAGAUCUCGCUGAGGCCUUUGGUAGCCAAAUCAAGCAAUUCUUGCAGGAAGAGUGGAUCCCUGUUUUCUUGCGUGAAGUACGCGUGAGCCGACAUUUCGGCACAAGUACCAAGGAGACAUCACGAUGGGCAAAAGAGAUGAUCAAACGUGCAUGCCAGUAAAGAAAAGAAACGAGGUUGCUGUGAAUAUCCGGUUUGUCGUUGACUGGUGAUUUCGUCUGGGUUAUGGUCUCUUUUCUUAUCUUUCAUUUGUCUUUUCUCUUUUCUCAUCCUAUAUAUUGAUUGUUGAAUACGGUACUACACAUGAAUCAAACUUUUGGGUUGUCUAUCUUCCUCUUUUCUUAUUUCCCCUUUCUUAUUGUAAUCAUACUACAUGUUGUAUUUUUUUUUUCUUUUUGCUUCUUAUCAUCUCCCUUCCCCUUUUUCCAUUCGUCUGCAAAUGAAAGUGUUAUUCUCUCUUUGCCUUUUCUCUCAAUUCCCCCCUUCCUUCCCCCAUUGAAAAUCCCCCCAUCCCCUAUUCUGUUUUCCUUUGACCUUGAACUGCCGGUUUUUAGGAACUCAAUAAAAAAAGUUUAUCAAAAACAAGUUGGCU